AAGUCCUCCACCAAUCACAGCGCGGAACACGCUCGUCUCAGCCAAUCAGAGUGCACGGAGCGCGAGGUGGGCGUGUUCCAAAAGUCAUGAAACUCAGCUAAUCUGGCUUUUUUACUUUUCGACUUUUAUUCAGAAUUAUUCACUAAAAACAGCCAAAUAAUCUUCUUUACUACCGACCAGCAGCGUUCACACCAGCCUGUGCUGAGAGGAGUGGGGGGGUUUGGGAUGCUGAGGAGAUGGACAGCACUGAAAACUCGAUGUCAGUGAGGGUGGAGGAGCGGGCGUGGUCGGGGUGUGUGGUGCUGUUUCUGCGCUGCUGUAACUCCGGUUCUGAUCUUCUCACUUCCUACAAAGACCAGCAGGAGAAGUUCAGCGUCUUUAAGGUCAUCAAACUGACUCUAACAGAUGUAGCGGGAGGUCUGGACGGGUACGAGAUCCUGAAGCUGCACGACGCUGAUCCGUUUCUGGGGGUGGAGCUAAAGUUUGUGGAUCCGUUGCCGUGUAAACGUUUCCUGGACAGUUACGCGUGCGGCGCACUACUGCAGUGCGUCUCUCAGCACGCCUCACGCCUCCUCGCACUGCCCGACACACUUCCUGUUCACGCCAUGCUGAAAGCAGGAACACACACCCUGGACCAGAACCUUCAGGACCCGGAGCUCUGCCUGCAGUACAUAUACCAGUCUCAGCCGGUGCGUUUGCGAGAUGACGAGGUCACUCAGCUCGAGCAGCAGCUACAGAACAGCUACGCUUCACCCAUUAAGAAACCACAGGAAGUGCCCAAAAACUGCUUCCUGUUCCAGAAGCGAGUGUUCGAUGAUAGGCCGCUGACGUCUGCAGACCAGCAGCGAUUCGCCGCUCAUGCGGGGCGGGACUGGAAGCGAGUGGGCCGGGCUUUACAGAAGAACUGCAGAGCUCUGAAGGGAAACGCCAUCGACAACCUCGCCUACGAGUAUGAGAGGGAGGGGCUAUACGAACAGGCCUAUCAGCUGGUGGGGCGCUUCAUCCAAUCAGAGGGCCGGAGUGCCAGGCUGGGGCGUCUGAUUGGUGCACUGGAGGAAACCAAGCUCACCAGCAUCGCUGAAGUCAUGCUGGACAUUCAGCCACGAGAAUAAGAGACUGAGAGUCUGUGCGAGAGUGUGUGUGCGAGAGUGUUUUAGAGUGUGAGUGUGCAAGAGUGUGUUAAGAGUGUUGAGUGUGCGAUUGAGCUAAAUACAAAGUACCAAUUAAUUUGAAGUUUUCUUUUUCUUUUUUGUGAUAUUUUUAUGUUUUUUUCAUCAUGUCUGGAUUUUUUUUUCUGUUUUUCUGUGUGAAAAUUCUCCCUCAUCCCGUCAAUAAAACUCUAUAAAAUAGA